AUGCAGCCUGCUGAAGACAUUCACGCAGCUGACAAUCAGCCACACGACGAGUUUCUGGCCUCUCAGCCUGAAUAUGAAAUUCCAGACACCAAAUCAGGCGUGCGCGUGGAUCCCGACGCCGCAAUGGCAAGCGCGCGGUUCAAAAAGGGCGAUGUCGUCCACAAGCCAGUUUUCGUCAAUGGCCUGCGCAGCAAGGGUGUCUUCACAAUCUACGACCGCAGAUCCAAUCCCGCGGGCUAUGUCGAGUACAAGCUCAAGGAUGUCUACAACAUGAGGGUCGAAUCUGGAUGGACUCGCGAGAAGGAACUGAAGCCUGGUAACUAA